CCUUAUUAGGACUACCACUAGACAAAUUCUUCCCCAAGCUCCAAAUUUGUCCAUCUCUAAUGGAUUUGUCUGUUGCAACAUUCCUUAUUUUUCUAGUCCUUUUGUUUUCUAGUUUCAUUGUCAAAAAUUACGUUUUAAAAUCCUUUACAGUUUACCUCAUAGAUUUCUCUUGUUUCAAACCACCCAACUCCUGCAAAGUUCCUUUCUCUGUAUUUCUUGAACAUGCAUCCAUGAUCGAGUCGUUUGAUAGUGAAAGCGUUUCUUUCAUGGCUAAAAUCCUCAGUUCUUCUGGGCAAAGUCAAGAGACCUAUCUUCCUCCGGCAUUGCACUGCAUUCCUCCUAAAACUAACCAACAACAAUCCAUAAAAGAAGUACAGAUGGUUCUUUUCCCUAUUCUACAAGAUCUUCUUUCUAAAACUAAAAUAUCCCCUCGUGACAUCGAUAUACUUAUUGUAAAUUGUAGCGGGUUUUGUCCGUCACCUUCCUUAUCAUCCAUUAUUAUUAACAAAUACUCCAUGAGAGCUGAUAUUAAAAGCUAUAAUCUUUCUGGUAUGGGGUGCAGUGCAGGAGCCAUUUCCAUUGACUUGGCUUUUAACCUUCUCAAAGUUCAAAAGAAUGCUUACGCGCUUAUUCUUAGCACCGAAAUAUUAUCAACCGGUUGGUAUUCUGGCCACGAGAAAUCUAAGUUACUCCUUAACUGCCUAUUUAGAAUGGGAAGCGCAGCAAUUUUGCUCACAAAUAAAAAUGAAGCUAAAAAAUCAUCAAAAUACAAGCUUUUUUGCACAGUAAGGGCCCAAAGAGCUUCUGACGACAAAAGUUAUCAUUCGGCGAUUCGCGAAGAGGAUUCCAAUGGAAGACUCGGGGUUACGCUUAGGAGGGAUUUACUUCAAGUGGCUGGAGAAACUCUCAGGCCCAACAUAACAAUUCUUGGUUCACGUAUUUUGCCUUUCCCAGAAAUGCUACGAUAUAUCGUUUCGAUAAUUCAAAACAGGUACAUUGAUAAAUCAGGACAGGUAUACGUGCCAAAUUUCAAGAGGGUGAUACAGCAUUUUUGCCUGCCCACUUCAGGGAGGCCGGUGAUAAAAGAGAUAGCAAAAGGGUUAAAGCUUGGUGAUAGAGAAGUGGAAGCUGCAUUGAUGACACUGCAUAGGUUUGGCAAUCAAUCUUCUUCAUCGAUUUGGUAUGAACUUGCGUAUAUGGAAGCCAAAGAAAAAGUGAAAAAAGGCCACAAGGUGUGGCAGUUUGGGAUGGGAACUGGGCCUAAAUGCGCUAGUGUCGUUUGGGAGUGUUUAAGGCCCAUUAUUGGAGAGUCCAAGAAAGGCCCAUGGGCUGACUGUAUUGAUCGGUAUCCAAUCUUGGCCGUUGAUCUAGGCAUUUAAACUUUUUUUUUUCUUUUUGGGCGAGAUUAUAUAUAUAUAAACACUAGAAAA